AUGGAUGGAAAGAAUAACCUGAAUAUCAAAACUUUUCACUUUGAACAAUCAGAAAAUGAUCAAUCGAUCAAUAACAAAUCUGAAGACACAAGGCAACAAAAUUCUGAAGAGGAAUCAGAAACAACAAAUGCAUCGAUAGUGAAUAUAAUCGAUCAAGGAGAAGAGAUUGAAAUGAAUGGUAUUAAGAAUAUAAAUACAAAAUCCACCGGACAAAAUCAACGAAUGGUGGAUGCUGAUUUAUUAGAACAAAAUAAACAAGAAACAAAUACUAUGAAUGAUAUCCAAGCAGACCUUGGUCCCAUUAUUGGAUAUGCAGAUGAACCAUUGUUACCACUUACUGAAGCAUGUGCUCCAUUGGUUGAUAUUAUUCAUGAUAUAAUGUUUUAUGUUCAAAUGGCAUUGACUGAAACUUCAUCCAAACCACCUGAUCAAUUAACAAUUGAUGAAAGUGCAGCUAUUCGUCUUUAUACAAUUGAAUGGAGUAAAGGACAUCGAAGUCUUUAUUCAAUGUUAAAUUAUACACUUAAAAAUGAUACUCGUGAAAAUCUUCGUCCUUAUUUGAAAUAUCUGAAAUUAUUUCUAACUGCACUUGUUAAAUUACCAUGUGUUCCAUCAUUAACUUUAUGGAGAGGAGUGACAAAAAAUCUAAGUGCUGAUUUUCCACCGGGUACACAAGUGACUUGGUAA